GAAUACCCCAGUCUACCUGUCGAGAGUCAAAUAAUCCGGUUGACUCUCUCCUCUACAGAGCAGUCUCUGCCUUACGCAUGUUUGUAUAAAACAAAUGUGUACUUAUUAAAAAUACUUUUUGGUUUUUCAAAAUGUGUUACUACCUGAUUCAGUUUCAAAAGAAAUAGGCAUAGCUUCGGAUACAGGCUAUUACAUUGUAGCCUUGAACGAGCGCUCAAGUGAUCGGCCCCACAAUUAGUUUUAAUCAUUUCCUCUGGUGUUUCACAGUAGGAGAAAUAUUUUGUGCUUCAGAAUGCUCCGUAAACAAUCCAUCAAUGACGCCCAAUCAGCCACCGUUGACCUACAUUUCUCGGAGCUAAUCGACGAUAUCAGUGUCAUCGAUGAGACACAUAGAGAAUUUACGAAAGAUGAUUUGCCAGAGUGGUUCGAUAAAAAAUUAUUCAAAGCCGGCCAGGAUUACUACUGCAGAAAUUUAUUGGGAAGUGGUAUGAGUGCUAUGUGUGGACUCCUCGCGGUAUUAAUUAUCCCGUCUAUUCUUCGAGUAUUAAUAUGGACGAAAAAAAGUGGAACUCCUUGUACAGCGUUCAGUAGGUACCUGGAAACUCUACUGCAUACGUAUUAUCUAUUCGCGUCUGACAUUGACGAUCCGAACUCCAGGUUUUGGAAAUCGAUAAAUGAGAUAAGGUACAUGCACUCGACGAGUAGUCGAAAAUCCAGGAAUGCUGGAAUCGGGGGGAUUACACAGCGCGAUAUGGCCCUGACCCAAUUUGGUUUUAUGGGAUAUGCCCUGAUUGCCCCUGAAAAAUUAGCCCUGACAAAUGAGAAACACGAGAGAGAAGGUCUCAACCAUUUCUGGAGGAUUGUUGGGCAUGCCAUUGGAAUAUCUGACCGACUCAAUAUUUGUCGAAAAAAUGAAGUGGAGACGACUGAACUCUGCAGAAGACUGAACAAGGAAGUAUUUGGGCCACACAUGAAAAAUCGCCCCGUGAAUUUUCCAGAAAUGGCAGGUGCCAUGCUAGACGGUAUGUGGUGUGUCGAUCCUGUCCUCAAUUACGACUCUUUCAUGAGUUUUUGGUACGACCUGAGUGGAUUGUCGUAUGAUAAACCACUAGGUCUCGUCAGCAGAGUAAAUUCCGCAUAUAGAGCAUGCAUUUUAUAUCUCAUGGCAACUCCGGGCAUCGGUUUUCUUGUGAGAAAUUGGUUCAAUUACUACCUGAGAUUUAACUACUGGCUUCUGGAACACUGGCGAAUCAUCGGGUGCAUUCGCUUUGGCAAGAAGCAAUCGGAAAUCCAUUUAUAUAGAAAAUGAAAGUUAAAAUAAUUAAUAAUAGUUCAUAA